AUGGGAAGCGGUGAACGGGUUCAUCCUUGCGCGCGCAUGGACGAGCAAGAAGUGCACUGUCACACUAUGCCGCAAGGCGGUAACGGCAAGAGCGGCGACACGUACAGCCAGAACGCUCUGGAGGAGACCGCACGAUCGACGGGGCCGUACUUCGACAAAUCAGCCUCGAAGAACGUGACCGCACUCUUAGGAAAGACGACGUAUCUCAAUUGCCGUGUCAAAAAUUUGGGGAACAAAACGGUGAGUGACACAAGAACUAUCGUAUCCGUAAAUAGAAGCGUCUUCGCGAUAUUAUAUCUCUCUGCGUUGCUAAUACGUUUCUUUUAUUUAUACUUACGACAAGAUCGUCGUGAUACGAUACUCGGAGAUUAUUCCUGA